GUGGCAUAUCUUCAAGUGCUGAUGUUGAUACUACAUUUGGUGGAUAAUUAUCACCAUGUGUCAGGAGGAACACAGUCAGACACACGGACAAAGCUUGACUCCAUAAAGUCCUUGAUCUACAGUAAUGCUAAGGCUACAGUUACACUGGACUCUACAGCUCUUAAGGAGUUGGUCAACCUCUCAACAUCAGCUUCCUUGAAUCAGAAUAAGAGAGUAAGUUUCUCUGUUUAUAUUGGAGCCAAAGUUCUUUCCCUUGGAAAAGGACAGACCAUUAGAUAUGAUAGCAUUCUGACAAACGAUGGUAAUGGAUAUGAUGAUAGAACAGGAGUAUUCGUGUGUCCAGUGGCGGGAACUUACAUGUUUGUUGUUGACACUCUCUCCAGUGUCGAGACGUGGUUUGCUAUAAAAGUCAACAAGCAAACUGUAGCGAAAGUUUAUACUUCAACUCAUAUUGGAAAUAAUUGGGAUCAGACAAGCAGAACUGUGAUAGUUAAUCUAAAGCGUGGCUAUCAUGUAAAAGUCGAAAAUAUAAGUAGUGCAAACCUUCAAGUAUAUAACGGUGGAACCUCAGGAUUUUCAGGAACACUGCUUUACUAA